AUGGACUUUUCAGUCAUUAAGCCCUAUCAAUAUGUCGCCAUACGGCUACCCUCUGACCAGACAAGAGUUGAACAAAUGGUUCCCAACACUCUGAUAAACCUGGGCAAAUAUGGAACGUUCCGCACGAACCAGAUCAUUGGCCGUCCGUACCACCUAACCUUUGAGAUCCUCGACCGGUCCGAAGUCAAGGACGGCCGGGAGCUCCGUGUCGUGCAGGCCGCCGAGCUGCAUGCCGUGGCGCUGGUCGAGCAGGCCGAGACGGAAGACGUGUCGACGCCCGUGAACGAACCGCAACUGUCGCUGCAGGACGACGCGGGGGUCGUCUCACAGCAGCCGACGCCCAAAUCCAACGUCAAUACCCACGACGACCCCACGAACCAGAAGUUGACCAUGACCGAGAUCGAAGCCCUGAAACGCAACACCAUGGGCAGCGGGCGAGAGCUGAUCGAGAAGAUCAUGCAGUCCCACUCCACCCUCGACCAGAAGACGGCCUUUUCGCUCGCCAAGUACACGCUCCGGAAGCACAAGAAGUACAUGAAGCAGUUCACCGUGCUGCCGCUGGACGUGACCACGCUGGUGGAUUGGAUCAUGGCUGAUCGCGAAUUCACGAAGAUUAUGGAGAUGAGAAAUGAGGCCGUCGGCCUGGUGGGGUGCUGGGCCAAUGUCCACGCGGGAGGGGAGGAUCCUGCCAUGCUUGCUGCCGCCGAUAUGGACCCGCGUUCGCGGUAUCUGGUCGUGGAUGACACGGGCGGGCUACUCGUGGCCGCCAUGGCGGAGAGGAUGGGGAUUCUGCACCCGUCAGACCUCGGGCACGAUGCCAGCGUGGAAGAUGACGACCUCGACGAUGAACGGCCCCUCGAGGUCGGGACGCAUGUUCAUCAUCGAAAUUCACGUCGCGAACGAUACCACCGCUCGGCCAUGAGCGCGGCGUCCAGCACAAUCACGCUCGUGCACGCGAAUCAACAGCCCAACCUGGGCUUACUCCGCUAUUUCAACUUCGACUCCAACGCCCCCACGUCCUCCCAUCCCUUGUACACCCAUCUCAAGACCCUGUCGUGGCUACAGCUGAUCGAUCCGGAGUCGGGCAUGACGUACCAAGAACCUCCCAGGAUCCCAGAUGCAGAGCUGCCGCGGAUGAAGUCGAACCGAAGGAGUGCGUACUACCGCAAACGACGACGGUGGGAACGGGUAAGAAACGUCGUGCAUGAGACGCAGCAGGGCGGCUUCAACGGCCUGAUCGUGGCGAGCUUCACGGAUCCGACCUCGACGUUGCGCCAUCUCGUGCCCUUGCUGGCUGGUGGGAGCCAGGUGGUGGUCUACUCUCCGCAUGUCGAACCUCUUGUCGAAUUGGCUGACUACUACUCGACGGCACGACGGGCGGCGUUCAUCAACACGCCUCUGGAACAGCGGACUGUCCCGUCCCAGGACUUCCCGGUCGAUCCGACGCUGCUGUUGGCGCCGACGGUGCAGACCGCACGGGUGAGGAAGUGGCAGGUUCUGCCGGGCCGGACGCAUCCGUUGAUGACCGGACGGGGUGGUGCCGAGGGCUAUAUCUUUGUCGCGACGAGGGUGGUGCCGGCGGAGGGCAAGGUCGAGGCGAGAGGGAGACCGUCCAGGGGGAAGAAGGCCAAGAUCGAAGAUAAACCGGCCGAAAGUCCAGUAGAAGGUGAACUGGAAGAAGGGAAGAGAGCGGCAGACACGGAGGAGCCGCCACAUUCGCCUCUAAAGAAGCAAAAGGUCGAGGCUGCGGCGCGAGAAGAGGAACAUCUGGAGGCGCUUCAGGCUGUCAUCGACCAGGCAUAA